AUGCACGUUGUCAUUGUCCAUCCAGAACAAUGGAACGGUGGCUCCGACCGGUGCACUGUUGCUCUAAUACGACACUUUGUGUCACAGGGUCAUCGAGUCACUUGGCUUACUACAAUGAUUGACGAGUACUGGAAAAACCAUAAGUUUGAAGGCGUUGAAAUUCGUGAAAUCGGCCUUAAGCUUCAUCCAGGUGAUUGGUGGAGUCAAAAUGUUGCUCUAGGAUGGCAUAUGAUAUUCAGCAACUUGAAUCCUGAUGUGGCGAUUGUUGAUCAUUCUGCAAGUUGCGUUCCAAUGAUCAAGUGGCGUUUUCCAAAGUGCAAGGUUCUUUUCUACUGCCAUUUUCCACAGCAACUUGUGACGCCAUCAAGACUCUUUCUUUACAGAUGGUAUGCCAAGCUCAUAGGUAUUGUCGAAGAAGAACUAUUUGGUCAUAUCGAUCAAAUUAUGGUGAACAGCAAUUUCACUGCAAGUCAAUUUUGCAAGGUGAUGCCAAACAUUCAAAAAAAUAAAAUCCGUGUGUUGUAUCCCCCAUGUGAUAUCGAUUGGAUCGUUAGUGCGUCUGCCAAGCCAAUCAGCAGAAAGAAUCGCCCUCAAAAUGAGACUUACACAUUUCUGUCGAUGAACAGAUUCUGGCCUGAGAAGCGUUUGGAUAUCAUCGUUGAAGCUACUGCUAUUCUGAAGCGUCGCGGUUAUAAGCUUCACGUGCAGCUUGCUGGCUCAGUUAUGCCACACAUUCCUGAGAGUCGAAUCUAUUACGAUUUGCUCCAACAGAUGACCAAGGAUCUUGAUGUUACCGAUCUCAUCACGUUUAUUCCUUCGCCUUCUGACAAAGUCAAAUUCCAAUUGUACCAGCAAUGCGAUACUGCCCUUUAUACUCCGCCAAACGAGCAUUUCGGCAUUGUACCAAUCGAAGCUUUAGAUCAGCGUAGACCGGUUAUUGUGUGCGACAGCGGUGGUCCAGCAGAGACAGUUUUAGAAAAUAUUACUGGAACAAAAAUUGCUAAACCUUGCGGCGAACUUCUUGCCGAAGCCAUGCUCAGCCACAUGAAGAAGAGCGACUGGCCCGAACUAGAUUCCGACGAAGGAUACGCUAAACAGCGGCAACGUUUGGAGGCCGAGUUCUCGACAAAGGGAUUCUGCGGUAACAUUGAUCGAGCUAUUGCUGAGAUGCUAGGAACUACAACUUCUUCUUCUUCUUUUACCUCCACUUCGACUCCAACUACUGUUGAGCCAAUUGUGACGCAACCGUUACCUUCUACUGAAAUAAUUGGAAAACAGCAACAUUAUUCUACUCUCAAUGGUAGAAGACGUUACGCCUAA